AUGGCCAUCACUAUUACCAUGUUAGGAAAUCUAGGUGCUAGGGAUAUAAAGAUAAAAGACAUACUCUUACCACCUAAAAGCUUAAGAUUCAGUCAAGAGAUCGCCAAGACGGAGGCGGCGUCGAGAACCCGCGAGGGAGUGCGGAACCGGGCCAGGUGUGGUGGUUCUCGCCGCCAAGUGCCACGUAACCAGGGCGCGGGGGCUGGUGUGACAUCUAGGAAAAGAGUACUUUUUGAUUUUUUUUGCAGGGAUAUCAGUCUUUUUUCCAAGAAAGUAUCUUCAUCUUCCCUAGUAUUUUGUGUAGAUGAAGAUUCUGAUAAAGGACUCACACCAGCUGUCCCAGUUCAUACCAAUAAAGAAGAUACAGAUACCCAAACUAAUUUGGGGUUUAUCCAUGCAUUUGUCGCUGCCAUAUCAGUUAUCAUUGUAUCUGAACUGGGUGAUAAGACAUUUUUUAUAGCAGCCAUUAUGGCAAUGCGCUAUAACCGUUUGACAGUGUUGGCUGGUGCUAUGCUUGCCUUGGGCUUAAUGACGUGCUUAUCAGUUUUGUUUGGCUAUGCCACCACAGUCAUCCCCAGGGUGUAUACCUACUAUGUUUCAACCGCAUUAUUUGCCAUUUUUGGCAUUCGAAUGCUCCGGGAAGGCUUAAAGAUGAGUCCAGAUGAAGGUCAAGAGGAACUGGAAGAAGUUCAAGCAGAAUUAAAGAAAAAAGAUGAAGAAUUUCAACGAACCAAACUCUUAAAUGGACCAGGAGAUGUUGAAACUGGUACAAGCACGAUACCUCAGAAAAAGUGGCUACAUUUUAUUUCACCCAUCUUUGUACAAGCACUUACAUUAACAUUCUUAGCAGAGUGGGGCGAUCGCUCUCAACUAACUACCAUUGUUUUGGCAGCUAGAGAGGACCCCUAUGGUGUAGCUGUGGGAGGGACAGUGGGACACUGCUUAUGCACUGGAUUGGCUGUAAUUGGAGGAAGAAUGAUAGCACAAAAAAUCUCUGUCAGAACUGUGACAAUCAUAGGAGGCAUCGUAUUUUUGGCAUUCGCAUUUUCUGCACUAUUUAUAAGUCCUGAUUCUGGUUUUUAACAAGCUCUUUAUUCAUGUAACUCUUGUGUUUAUGUACAUAGUGUACAUUGAAACUAAAAGUGAUGGAAAAUACUGUAUUUUGUAGCAAUGAGUUAUGAUGUCCAAAAGAAAUAAUCAUUGAUUUUAUUUGCAACAUGGAUUUUUAAAAGAAA